AUGUCAAACGAAUUAGUAAAUUAAAAAAAUUUAAUUGGCUCGGCUUAGCUAUUUUACUUUUAGCAACUUAAGAGAUAAAUUUUAAAAGAUAAAUAAAGCAAAUUGUCUUACAGCAAAAUUGAAAAUUAAAACUUAAACAUGAUGGGUGCUAUUAUUUUUGAUGAUAAAAUAAAUGAUUGCAAAGAAAAAUUAAGAGCAAUUUUGCUUUAAAUUGGCAGUUUUUACGAUUUUCUUAGUGGAGACUUUAUUAAUUUGUCAUAAUUAUAAGAAAUGUAUGUUCCAAUAGUAAAUCAAAAGGAAGAUUUAGAAUAAAGUUUUAUUGAGUUAUUUUAAAUAAAUCCUUAUGAUUUGGAUCUUGAGUAUCUAACCUACAUUUUCAUAUAAAUUAUGGGCUUCUAAAAUAGAAGUAUAAAAGAAUUUCAAGAUGCUGCUUAAAAUCUUUCUUAUUAGAAAAAUAAUAAAUCUAAAAAACUUAACUUAAUCAAUUAACAAUCAGAAAAAAUUUGUGUUAUAUUUACAUCUUUGAUAGAAAAGGAAAAUGUUAUUAAAAAGACUUCUAAAUUAUUUUAAAAUAUAUUUGGAUACAGUUCUGAAUUUAUUCAUGGCAAAAAACUGAAUACAUUAAUACCAAAUAUGCUGAAAAAACAUCAUGAUUAAAUAGUUUAAUAUUUUAUUGAUGAUGAAUAGAUGUCUAUCAUUAAUUUAGGAAAUAGAAAUAUAUUUGGUUUAGAUAGUCAAGAUUUUGUUUUUCCUAUUGAUUUGAGAAUAAAAAUAGAAGCUUUUGGAAACGAUUUUGGAGUCUGUGCUCUCAUUCAGAAAAAGAAAUAAUAUUUUUCUUACAUAUUUUUUGAAAACGAAGGAAAAAUUACUGACAUGUCAAGGAAAAUAUUUUUGGAUAUUUUUGAACCUCUUGGAUAUAAAAAAGGAUCUCAAUUAAACAUAUUUGAUCUGAUACCUACUUUAGAAGAUUUAUUUAAGACAUAAUAAAGAGGAAUGAAAGAAACCUUUAAUUAGGAGAAAGUGUAAUUUGAACAAAAAGCAGAUUUCGCCAAUUCUAAAUAGCAGAAAUAUUUUUUAUCAAGAGAGUUUUCUUAAAUCUUUGAAAAUUAAGAUUUUAAUGCAAUGAAAAGCAAAGAGUAUGAAAAAAAUUCUCUUAUCAGUUAUUAAUAACAGAAAACGAAUGAAAAUAGAAUGGAUUUAACUUUAAAUUUAAUAGAAAAUUGCAAAUAAUAAUCUCAAAAUGAUAAUAUUGGAUAGAGACUAACUAUACAUCAAAAGAAGCAGGUUGUAUUGAAAAAAGUUUCAAGUUAAUAUUAUCAGAGUAGCAAUCAAAGAAAAGAAAAUUUAGAGAAUACCUAAAAUUAUUUCCAGUAUAAAAUAAACUAACCAGACUAAUAGAGCUCAUAGUCAUCAAGAUUAAAAAGAAAUAUAAUAAACUGGAGAGAGAAAAAAGAACUUAAGCAAAAUUAAUAAAAUGAAAUAUCUAGCAUCAAUUCUAGUAAAUAUAGCACAUAAUAAAUGAUGAAAAGAAAAAUGAUAAAAAAAAUAAAAAAAAAUGAAUUUACCAUAGGAUUAAAGUUAAUGGCUUUCACAGGAAUUGCAGCUUUUCUCAUUCUAAUUAUUGUUUCUUCAGUCGUUUAUAUUCAAUAUUUAAAAAACUUAAAUUCCUUUGUUGAAUCACUUUUAAAAAUAGAUGACGCUCUUUUUUGCUUUAUAGACACUUUAAAUUUCAUUUCGCUAGACAAAUAUGAAAUUAUUCUUUAAAAGAAUAAAUUUUUAAUUAUUGAUAGUAGAGAUCUUUAAAAAUAUGAAUUAAGCCAAAUUAAAUAUGAGCAAUAUGCAUUAAUAUAAGAUUAUAAUUCUAAAAUGGAAAGUCUUGUUUUGAAUAACAAUAGUGAUGAAUAGCUUUAUGAACUGCAAAAAAACUUGUUAGAAGUUAAAAUUUAUGGAGCUAAAACUGAAAAUUAUGAUGAAUAAAAUGAUAAUGUCUCUAUUUUUUAAAUAAGUUUGUAAUCUGCAUUAAAUAAUAUUUUUUAAUAAAUUGUCUUAUAUUAUUUGGAUUAACAAGAUUCUCAAGAAGAUUUUAUAUGGGGAAAUAUCUUAAAUUUGAAGCAAAGAAUGAAAGAUUUGCAACUAAUUGUUGAAAAUAAUGCCAAACAUUAAUUCGAAAUUAUGGAUUACUACCAAAUAUUUGCAAUUAUUCUAUUUUCAGCAAUUAGCUCUUUGCUAAUAUUAUCUAUUUUACCUCUCAAUUGUGUUAUUCAAUUUUAAAAGGAAAGUAUUUUAAAGCUUUUUGGUACAUUUACCCCAUCUGUAAUCGAGUUUUAGAUCAAAUAAAUUGAAUUAAGUCUUUAAAAAAUCGACUAAAUGAGUAUCUUAGACCAAAAAUGUGAAAAUACAGCAUACACUAGGAAGCGAAGUUCCAUUAAAUAAAAACAAAUGAAAAAAAUAUAAAAUCUAUGCUUAUAUUCUUAUAUAGAAAGCAAAGAAGUCAAAUAGUAAGAAAUUAGACUAAAUAAUUAAGUUCCAAACUACAUACAAAGAUAGUUAAAUAAACGAAAAAGAAAAAUUGCAUCAUUUAGCAACAUACCAAAACUAAAUUUAGUAUUACUUUUAUUAGGUAUUAUUGCUUUAUUACUACUAUUAGUAAUACCUAUUGUUAAUUUAAUUGCAUUUGAUCCUUUUGAAUCAGAAUCUCAGCAUACAUUAAAAGUUAGGAUUUCUUUAAUUGAUACUUUAUCUUUAAUUAUUUAAAAUUUUUCUUCUCAUAUGGAAUAAGUAUUUCUAAUAUCUAAAGAAUUACCUCCUUAAAAUUCUCUAUAAUAUGAAUAUUUGUAAAUUCUUGAAAGCUAAAACUAGUAUCAUUUCUUAUACACCAAAAAUUUAAUCAUAGAAGCAGGAAUAGUAAUAAAGGAUUAAGCAAUGUAUCAAAAUUUUUACUUGAGUCUCUUAAAAUAAAAUGUCUGUGAUGUCAUAUAAAAGUAUCCUUAAUAUUUUAAUUCAAGCAUAACAGAGUCGUAAUGUAACAGUUUGUAUAAAGGAAUCCUAUAAAAAGGCUUAAUAUCUUCAAUUUAAAUUGUUUUUUAAACAUUUUAAGAGAUCUAAUCCAAGUAAUUUCAGAAGCUGUUAAUGGAAUUAGAAAAUAUUAAAAUGACCAGUUGCAAAACAAUUCAUAAUUACUGA